UGCCGCCUGUACUGAAGUCUUUACGGCCGACAGUUGGUUUCCACUGUGGCCAGACCGGAGCACGUGACAACCGUGGACCCACACACAGAGAGAGCGAGACCGGCCAGUCUCCAUCCCAACACAGCAGCGCGGAUGAAACACCGGUCACCUUCAGAGCAGCAUCACGGGGAAAAAAGGCCCCGUGCUCCCGCCGCGGCUGCCUCCACCUCACCGCCAGACGGAAUGGAGGACAGUACACCGUCGAAUCCGCGGGAGCUGACCCAAAACCCCCUCAAGAAGAUCUGGAUGCCGUGCAAAAAUGGCCUUCCUGAAAAACACAUUUCUCAAAGAAAGGUAUGUAUGACCAACUGUCCCACCCUGAUUGUGACAGUGGGCCUUCCUGCCAGGGGGAAGACCUAUAUCUCCAAGAAGCUGACCCGCUAUCUCAACUGGAUCGGAGUGCCCACCAGAGAGUUCAAUGUCGGACAGUACAGGAGAGAGUUUGUGAAGAUCUACAAGUCCUUUGAGUUCUUCCGUCCAGACAACGAGGAGGGGUUAAAGAUCAGGAGACAAUGUGCUUCAGCAGCUUUGAACGAUGUGCGGCAGUACCUUACAGAAGAAGGAGGCCAAGUUGCGGUUUUCGAUGCAACAAACACCACCAGAGAAAGGAGGGAAACCAUCAUCCAGUUUGCAGAGCAGAAUGGCUUUAAGGUGUUCUUUGUAGAGUCUGUGUGUGAAGACCCAGAUGUCAUACAGGAGAACAUUGUGCAAGUGAAGCUGGGCAGCCCCGACUACACCAACUGUGACACUGAAGAGGCAGUGGAGGACUUCAUGAAGAGGAUCAAGUGUUAUGAAAACUCCUACGAGACACUGGAUGAAGUUCUGGACAGGGAUCUCUCCUACAUUAAAAUCAUGGAUGUGGGUCAGCGCUUCUUGGUCAACAGGGUGUUGGACCACAUCCAGAGCCGGAUCGUCUACUACCUCAUGAACAUCCACAUCACGCCGCGCUCCAUCUACCUGUGCCGCCACGGCGAGAGCGAGCUUAAUGUCAAGGGUUGCAUCGGAGGAGACUCAGGACUCACGUCUAGAGGCAAAGAGUUUGCGAAGAAGCUGAGCCAGUUCAUCGAGACGCAGGGCAUCAGUGACCUGAAGGUGUGGACCAGUCAGAUGAAGAGAACCAUCCAGACGGCCGAGGCUCUCAGCGUGCCGUAUGAACAGUGGAAGGUCCUGAACGAGAUCGACGCAGGCGUGUGUGAGGAAAUGAUGUAUGAGGAGAUCCAGGAUCACUAUCCUCUGGAGUUUGCACUGAGGGACCAGGACAAAUACCGCUACCGCUACCCGAAAGGAGAGUCCUACGAGGAUCUGGUGCAGCGGUUGGAGCCGGUCAUCAUGGAGCUGGAGAGACAGGAGAACGUGCUGGUCAUCUGUCACCAGGCUGUCAUGCGGUGCCUGUUGGCCUACUUCCUAGACAAGACAGCAGAGGAGCUGCCCUACCUGAAGUGCCCGCUGCACACUGUGCUGAAGCUAACGCCAGUGGCCUACGGCUGUAAGGUGGAGUCCAUCUUCCUUAACGUGGACGCUGUCAACACACACCGAGAAAGACCAGAGAAUGUGAACAUCCAUCGUACAACUAAGGACGCCCUGCAGACCGUCCCCGCUCACCUCUGACAGGAUGCUGUUAUCCAGCGAGGCUGAAGUCGGACCUCUCGUUCUCUCUCUGCCAUAACGGACUCUGUGUGCUGUUUUUUUUUCUCCCGUCCAAUGUGCAAAACCUGCUCACACUGGUGACUGUCUGGGUGAAGUGCCUCCUCCUCCUCCUCCUUCUCCUCCUCUAUCACACACUCAUUUCUCUCUAUAACUGUUAUGUCUGUCCUUUAUAAGGGAUUUGAAGGAGCUCAGUACUGUGAAUGAGUUCGACCUGAACACUUGUUGCACGGUGGCGGCUCUCAGCAUAGCUGGUCCAGAUGAUUUAUGAAUCAAAAGGGGGUUUUAAACACUUGGGUCACAGCAGAUUCCUGUCUUAUUUGUUACUAUGUGUUGCUCUAUUCAGUACAGUUUCUGUGUGUCGAUAUUGUGCAGCACUGAAGGUUACUGUAAUAUCUACUUUAAAGUAUUAAUCAUGUGGUUUUCAUCAAAUGAUCAUGUGACUUCCUGCUACAUGUGUAUUGUGCAAUCAUUGAUUUAUGUGAAGGUGUCUUUAGUGAUAAUGUGCAAUUUGAAGGUUACACACCUAUACUUGGGAAAUCUAUACUAUGAAGUUUAUUAUUGUAAGUAAGUGGUGAUUCAAUCAAUAAAUGAAAAGACUGGAUCAAUAUUAAUAUAAUUUUUUUAUGGUGAAAACAAACAGUCACUUAAAUUUUAUACUGAUGGGGUAAUAAUGGCUUUCUUCAGCUGUGUGGUGUACAGGAAAAAUACUGUUACUUCUUCUGAAACAUGCAUCACGAUAAAAUUAAGAGCACUGAUUCUGCACACAAACCUUUGAUGAAAUUGAAAAAAAAGCAACUUUAGCUCAAAGCUGUUGGUGUUGAUGUGGGUCAUGACUUCAAAAUGUACGUCCCAACUCCACUGAGAUAUAAUAAAGAUGUGUUAUUUUUAUA